AUGAUUGAUUUAGCAAAUUAUCAUCCAGCCAUUGACGCGUUAAAAGUCAUUUCGCCUUCACUUGUUUGGUUUCAUUUUGCACCUCUUUCACUUAAUGAUGGUGUUGCUGAGUCUAGUGAUCAUAGACCACGGUGA